AUGGCUAACAUCCCCAUGCCGUACAUUGAAGAGUCGUCUGCCGCCGGAAGAAAGACAUGGGAUAUCUUUUCCAAGCUUUUGCAGGAACGGAUCAUCUGCCUUAAUGGUGAGGUCAACGACUAUAUGUCCGCCUCGAUCGUUGCGCAGCUUCUUUGGCUCGAGUCCGAUACCCCUGAAAAGCCGAUCACGAUGUACAUCAACUCUCCAGGUGGUUCUGUCACUUCAGGAAUGGCCAUUUACGAUACCAUGACAUACAUCAAGUCACCAGUUUCGACAGUAUGUAUAGGAGGCGCUGCGUCAAUGGCAGCUAUCCUUCUCGCAGGAGGUGAAGCCGGCAAGAGAUUCUCGCUCCCCCAUAGCUCAAUCAUGAUCCAUCAACCUCUUGGUGGAACAAGAGGUCAAGCAUCAGACAUUAUGAUCUACGCAAAUCAGAUCCAAAAGACACGAGAGCAGUCCAACCGGAUAAUGCAAUACCACCUCAACAAAGCCAAGGGUCACGAGAAGUACUCUCUGGAGGAGAUUAACGAUUUGAUGGAGCGAGACAAGUACCUGACGCCGGACGAAGCCCUGGAUUUGGGCGUUAUCGACGAGAUCCUAACCAAGAGGCCGGAAACGGAAUCGGAAAAGAAAGAGGGGCAAUCCGAUGCACCCAAGACGAGCUAG